GAAGUUGAUUGCUUCGAAAUUGAAAAUCAUCUGACCCUUUUCAAUUCACUUUGUAACCAAAAAGGUUUCAUCUUUAUUGGUUUGCAAUCAUUCGCUGCUCGUCCAAGAAUCUUCCACCAGCUGCGGCAAGCAAGGAAACAAUCUUUUCCCAAUUUACGGUAAAUUUUGAUGUUAAUUUUAUGAAGCUUAAGAUUUGUUGCCGCCGUUGGUAGAAAUUUUUUUAUUAUUGCUUCUUUUUUGUUGCAAUUGAGAAAAUGGAGGCGAGUAGCAGUAAUGUUCUACUGAAUUCGAACUUAGAGCCUAGGGAUGAUCUUGAAUUCGAUACACAUGACGAAGCAUACGCGUAUUACAAAGAAUACGCGAAAUCGGUUGGGUUUGGUACUGCUAAAUUGAGCAGCCGUCGGUCUAGGGCUUCAAAGGAAUUCAUCGAUGCUAAAUUUUCGUGCAUUAGGUAUGGGAAUAAGCAACAGUCGGAUAAUGCUGUUAAUCCGAGGCCUUCGCCUAAGAUAGGGUGUAAAGCUAGCAUGCACGUGAAGCGUAGGAUUAAUGGGAAGUGGUACAUUCAUAGUUUCGUGAAGGAACAUAAUCACGAGCUUUUACCGGAUCAAGCGCACUUUUUUAGAAGUCAUAGGAUUGCUGAUUCUGUUAGCAAUGAUGCUAAAAUGAGGAGGAAGAAAGUUCCUCCUUCCGUGUUGAAACAGUACGGCGCUUAUCAGUUUCUGGGGUCGUGUAUGGAGAACGUGAUCCGGAAUCAGCAUGAUAGGGGGCGGUUUUUGAGCUUGGAAGAAGGUGGUGCUCAGCUUUUACUUGACUUUUUUUCACAAAUGCAUGAAGAGAAUCCGAAAUUUUUCUAUGCGUUGGAUUUCAACGAAGAGCACCGGCUGAGAAAUGUGUUUUGGGUUGACGCCAAAGGCGUGGAGGAUUUCGUGUACUUUGGUGAUGUGGUCUCACUUGACAUAACCUAUUUCACAAGCAAGUAUAGAGUUCCUUUGGUUCUUUUUAUCGGGGUGAACCAUCACAUCCAGCCUACGUUGCUUGGUUGUGGGUUAAUAGCAGAUGAGACAGUAUAUACAUUUAUUUGGUUGAUGCAAUCAUGGUGUUUGGCAAUGGGGGGACGAAGCCCUAAAGUUCUACUCACCGACCAAAAUGAGUCUAUCAAAGCUGCUGUUCACUUGGUCUUUCCAGAAACUCAUCAUUAUUUCCAUUUAUGGAACAUUCUGGAAAGGUUGCCAAGAAGGCUAGAGUACCGUAACGUGUGGCAUGAAUCUUUCAUGGGGAAACUAAAUAAAUGCUUAUAUAGAUCAUGGAACGAAGAAAGUUUUGAAAAACGAUGGUGGAAAUUGACUGAAAGGUUCAGUGUUCAAGAAGAUGAAUUUUUUCAGUCCUUAUAUGAAGAUCGGAAACUCUGGGUGCCUGUGUUCACAAAGGAUGUUUCUUUUGCUGGGUUGUCAGCAGCUUCGAGGUCUGAAAGCUUGAACUCCUUCUUCGAUAGGUACAUAAAUGGGGAAACUUCUUUGAGAGAUUUUAUAGGGAAAUACGAAUCGAUUCUUGAAGACAGAUAUGAAGAGGAGGCUAAAGCAAAUUUUGAUGCGUGGCAUGAAACUCCAGAGCUGAAGUCGCCUUCGCCAUUUGAGAAACAAAUGCUGCUUGUUUAUAGUCAUGAGAUAUUCCGGAAAUUUCAAACGGAAGUUCUAGGAGCAGCAGCUUGCCAUCUGAAAAAAGAAAAUGAAGGUGGUUCAACGAUAAUAUAUGGAGUGAAAGACUUCGAAAAUAAUCUAGGUUAUUUGGUGGAAUGGAAUGAAUUGAAAUCUGAUAUAUACUGUUCUUGUCGUACGUUUCAAUCUAAAGGAUAUCUUUGCAGGCAUUGUAUUGUGGUUCUCCAAAUGUCCGGUGUCUUUAGCAUACCAUUUAAGUACAUUCUGCAACGAUGGACGAAUGCUGCCACAAGUAGAAUUCCCCUUAGUGAGAAAUUGGAUGAAGUGCAAGCUAAGGUCCGGCGUUACAAUGACCUUUGUCGACGAGCUAUAAUACUGGGGGAAGAGGGUUCAUUGUCAGAAGAGAGUUAUAACAAUGCUGUGACUGCCAUAAACGAAGCUCUCAAGCACUGUUCUGUUGCAAAUCAGCCUUCUGAUCAGAGUGGUCUGAGACCCAACAUUUCUGCACCUCUCGCGAUACUAGGUGCUGGAGACGUUUCUGCACCUCUCGCCAUACUAGGUGUUGGAGGGUCAGAGCAGAGUGUCACCAUCACAUCUGAGCAGCAGGUGCCUACAGCUAAAGUGAUCGACACAAGCAAAGGUUCAAAGAGGUCGAAUUCGGGGAAGGAGCCCGCAAGCAAUGGUGGGAUGACUAGUAAAAAGGGGAAGGUGCCAUUGGAGCCUCCAAUUGCUAAUAUCGGAACUCAUGGCAUUUUUCAGCACAUGGAUGUACCUGCUCCGUUGGAUUAUCCUGCUAUGUAUCCGAGAUUCCUCACAGCAUUGUUAAAAGGCGGCGAGAUGUCCAAGAGAGGCGUGGAGAUGCUGGGCGAGAUGUUGGAGGAACAAAGCUGAAAAGUACAAAGGUCAUAUAGAAGAUUUCUGGAUAUGAGCACAAUUUUUUUCCUGCUCAAAUCUAUGGAGCCUCGUACCUCGCAGAUAGCCUCUCCUUUCAUUUCUGAUUGAGAGGAACAACUCCUACUGAAGCGCUCCGUCUAGUCCCAGACUACCAAGAUAAUCUGUCUCGGCUAUGGAUGCUGAGACGACGUCCAUCUCAGAUGCAAAUUCUGCCUCCUGUUACGUCCAGAAGGGAGGUGCUGCUUCCCCGUGACUAGAUCAAGCCCACUUUUGGAAACGGGCCGUGUGCAAAAAAGGGGGCCUUUCGACGCUGUCAGAAAGGGGCAGGGCCCACUCUGCUCGACGUCGCUGUGGCCAGUUCAGAAUGUUCGAAGGAGACUCGGAUCAAGAUUGUGUGUGUGUUGGAGAAUUAUGCCCAACUAGAUUAGUUAGUAGUUAAUGAUUUAAUGAAGAUUUGAUGGAUUUUUAAUCACCAAUCAAAACUUGUAGAGUUGUAGUAGUAUGCAUUUUGAUAGUGAGAUAGUGUUUCUAGAA